GGUGGCAGGCCACUAGGUCAGCUGAACGGGCGUAGUAUAAAACCGAAGGCGCCACGAAGAGGUGCUUUCCUUUGUGAGGGGACUGCGCCGUGCUGCGACGUUCGGGGGGCCUCGCGUUAAAAAAGAAAAGAAAGAUAAACACCCGUCCGCCCAGUUAUUAUUAAUACAAGAAAAGGUGCACGUAUAUAGAUACACAGAAAGUAGACCAGAUUGGUGUCUUCGAAGUGAGGUGCAUUCAUUGGAUUGACGUGUCGCCAAUAUGCGGGCCCCUCUCCUAAUCUUGAGCCUGAUGGCUUUCACCGUCCUCCUUCACCAAGCCUACGGUCAAGGCUCCCGCAGCAGGGGACCACAGUCCCGUCGUCCAUCCACCGAAGCCCCAGCUUACGACGACUACUACUACGACGAAGAGGGUGCAGAAGAAGAAACGCACAAGAAAGCCGAAAAACAACCGGCGUCAUCAGGCAGUCACAGUAGAGGAGGAAGCAGCCACGGCAGUUCCUCGUCGAGCAGCUCAAGCUCACGAAACAAGCCGGAACCAGUUGACGACUACGAGGAACCACCACAAAAGCCGUCCACGCCGAAGCCACCACCAAGUUCAUCAUCGUCUUCAUCUUCUAGGCCAAAACCAGCUGAACCUAAGCCUGCUGCUGAACAUCAAGAACAAGACCAUGCGAAGAAAAACGGUCCAAUCUCGCCAUCUACACUUUUCCUGGCUCCACGGAAGAACAGGCUACAACGCCCCAAUGUUCACUACGCUGCUAGACCUCGUCCGACUCUUCCAAGCUUCAUUAAGAGCCCGCCAGCCCUUGGGGCCAUUUCCACAACGGAACUUCCUGUCAGGGUAGCUGCUACAGAGGCUACACGUACCACAGCCCAACCUAAGGUCAAGACGAGCACGACGCCAAAAAGCUCGAGAUUUAACAAUGGAAAUGGAGGCCGAAGAAAGGAGCGGGUGACUACAGAGCCUUCAGCCGCCAGUGACGCUGGCUCUGGCUCUGGUCGCCGGUUCGGAAAGACUGGUCGCGUAAAGAACACGUCAAGGCCCAGGUUCCGUGCGGGAGCCAACUAGGAAUGACAUUUCAGGGUAUGGGGCAUGUUGCGUACGUACCGUACUUCUUCAAGACGUUGCCUCUCGGCAGUAACAUUGCUAUCAAGAGUGCUGUGAAAAUUUGCAUUUCACCGUAGUCAGGGUCGUUGACUAUCCCUCAUAAAAAUCGACUGAUAACCUUUUUGUCUUCGUCUACGUUCUAGAACUGCUCCAUUAUUGCAGACGUAAUGAGCUGCAGGCAUAUGCACAAAGAAGUACGGUACAGGAAAGAAGGAUAAGGCAUCCACGCCUACAGAAAAAGCGUAGGCAUGACACAACCGGGACUACAGGCUUUCCACAUGUCAUGCCUUGACGCGUUCAGUUCGAAAACACACCCAUUUCUUAUAGAUAAUCAACAAGACGCGUUCCAUUUUUGUUACCGUUCACACCGCUAUACACCUUUUGAAAUCGAUCACGUUAUGUUACGAAGAGGAAUUAUGUGUGCAAACAGAAAAGAUUUCGUAUCGCGUUAUGGGAGAACAUGCACAAUACCAAGCAUAUAGCAAGCUAGUUCCGGGGAGGGAGGCUUGCGUAUUUACUGCGUUUCGUUUUCACGACAGGCAUAGCUCAGACGCAACGUUAUUAGGUAGGUGUGAAGCGAUUGUCUUGUGUACUCCAUUGUACCGCAGCCGUCAGUAUACACCGUAAUACCAAUAAAGAGUUUCAUUCAUACACGUUGUAUCAAGAGAAAUUCGUAUGUGAAUCAUCGUUAGCAUUAUAUUUAGGUUCAUUGCUGAAUAAAUCAUGUGUGACUCGUU